ACGGAUCGGGUAAGACUCCCGGGUCGAUCCGAUCGUGUGGUCUUUGACCGUUCAUCCAUGUGAUGUUAUUUCGGAUCCCCGCUCGGAUCCGACAUGAUCAGUACUCGGAGCCGUAUCCCUUCCGUUCGCUUCUCUUCACGUGCCCUGCUUUCUCUUGGGCGGGAAACUGAAUCCCUUUCGCGACCUCAUUCGCCGUCUUCCCCUUGCUCAGACUUCUCCGCUCCCCCAAGCAAAUUUGGAGUCUUCCCUUUCUUCUUGGUUUCUUGGGCAGCCGAUGGAGAGGAUAUACGUGGCGGUAAGGGCGAGGCCGCUCUCCCCGGAGGAGUCUAAGAGCAACCCCUGGAGGAUCUCCGGCAACUCUAUCUACCUCCCCAGCCAGUCCACCAAGUUCGAAUUCGACAGGAUCUUCGGGGAAGACUGCAAGACGGUCGACGUCUACGAGGCUCGCACUAAAGAGAUCGUUGCAUCUGCCGUUAGCGGGUUUAACGGUACAGUUUUCGCAUAUGGACAAACAAAUAGUGGUAAGACUCAUACUAUGCGGGGUUCAGUUGCUGAACCUGGAAUUAUUCCUCUUGCUGUGCAUGAUUUAUUCCUGAGUAUCCAAGAGGAUAUAGAUAGAGAAUUCCUUGUUCGCAUGUCUUACAUGGAAAUAUAUAAUGAGGAAAUCAAUGAUUUGUUGGCUCCGGAGCAUCGCAAAUUGCAAAUUCAUGAGAACCUUGAGAGAGGUAUAUAUGUUGCUGGAUUGAGAGAAGAAAUCGUUACCUGUGCUGAACAGGUCCUUGAUUUGAUGGAGUUUGGAGAAUCUCAUCGUCAUAUUGGAGAGACAAACAUGAAUCUUCACAGCAGUAGGUCGCAUACUAUAUUUCGCAUGAUUGUUGAGAGUAGGGAAAGAAUUGAAGAUGGGAACAUGGUUGAUUCAUGUGAUGCAGUUCGUGUAUCAGUUCUUAAUUUAGUGGACUUAGCUGGCUCGGAACGUGCAGCCAAGACAGGUGCAGAAGGUAUGCGCCUGAAAGAGGGUUCUCAUAUUAACAAAAGUCUAAUGACACUUGGUACUGUUAUAAAAAAACUAAGUGAAGGUGCAGAGGGCCAAGGGAUUCAUGUUCCAUAUCGGGACAGUAAGCUCACUCGAAUCUUACAACCUGCACUUGGAGGUAAUGCAAAUACUGCAAUUAUCUGCAACAUCACACUGGCACAGGUUCAUGCAGAUGAGACAAAAAGCAGUCUUCAGUUUUCAAGCCGAGCAUUGCGUGUCACCAAUUGUGCAUGCGUAAAUGAGAUCUUAACGGAUGCUGCCUUGUUAAGACGUCAAAGGAAAGAAAUCGAAGAACUUCGGUCAAAACUCCUGAGCUCUCACUCGGAGCAUUGGGAGGAAGAAAUCCUGAACCUGCGAAACACGCUGUUACAGAGUGAGCUUGAGAAGGAGAGAAUACAAUUAGAGCUAGAAGAGGAAAAGAAAGCUAAAGCUCAUCGUGAGAAGAGAUUGAUAGAGCAAGCACAGAAAAUUGCUAACCUUAGCUCAUUGGUAUUAUGUUCUGAAAGGGAAGAUAAGAGUACAUAUCUCAGUAAGAAUAAAAGAAGGGUGACAUGGUGCCCAGUACCUUCUUCUCGUAAAUGUGUGGAUGAGGUACAUGUUCCAGAUUCAGCAUCUGGUGAGCACACCAGGCAUGAUUCUGAUAUUGGUUUACCAAUUCCUUUUGAAGAAUUAAUGCAAGAAAUUGAAACUUCUGUGGGUAACAUGAAUCGUGAUACCUUCAUGCCUGAUAAUAUGGAGAACGGUUGUGAUGUCAAGGACUUAACUUUUCCUGAUGCACAUGCCUUGUUGCAUGUUACAGAUAGGAGAAAAAUCCAUUCCAAAACCACUGGCUCUUUUCGGUCAGGCAGUGAAUCAGCAGAAGACAAUAGCUUUUAUGAAGAUCAGAUCAUAGAAUAUUAUCCUAAGAAUGUUCUGGAGAUUGAAUCUGGAAGCAUACAUAAUAAGUUCUCUGAUAACACUCCUAGGUGUGCAAGCACUAUCUCAUCUAAUGGUGAAAUAAAUGGUAGGUCUUGUGGGCGUAAAAGCUUGACCGAGAGGGAGUCAGAGGCAAUUAUUGUCAUCAAACAACUCGAGGAUCAGAUAAAAGCACUGGAAAUUGAGAAGGCUACAGUUCAGAGGAACUUGGAUGAUGUUCUUGAUAUGGCAACUGAACAGAAUGCUUCUUUCAAGGAGAAGUAUGAAAAGUUACAUCAAGAGGUUUUACUUGCACGUGAGGAGGCUAGAGUAUCUCAUGAACGACUUUAUCCAGCGGAAGUUAAGUUUGACUUAUCUGUUAGGAUGUCAAUGGAAGUCCAAGACUUAACUGUACAAGUCGAACAUUCCAAGAACUUUGUGGACAAUACUGUGUCUAUAAUUAAAGAUAUAUUCAACAACUAUUCCGUCUUAGCAGAUAUAUUUCUGGAACUCAAGUCAUUUGCUCAGGAAGAUAUUUCUCAGCUCAAAUCUAUAAUCACUGGGCUUAGUCAAAUGGAAAGAUGUAUUGUGAAGAGAAGUUAUGAACUUGAGCAAGAAAAUAAUAUUCUCCGCAAGCAAUCUGUUGAUUAUCAGAGUCAAGUUCAGCAGCUUAUGGCUGAAGUGGGUAAUCGGGAGAAAGCUAUAAAUGAGCUUGGUCUUCAACAUGAUCUGGAGAAGGAUGAACUCCUGUCUCAAGUCCUUAGUCUUAAAAAAGAAGUAUCAUGCUUGUCAUCCUCUUCCUUAAUCAGAGAAAAGGAAACCAUGAGAAAGGAACUUGAUAAAUUGAAGGCAAAGUUGAAAGAUACAGAUUCCAAGCUUAAGAAUGCUGUUCAGGACAAGAUAAAACUUGAGAGUGAAAAAGCACAGGCUGAGCGGGAGAUAAAACGCUUGCAAAGUCAAAAUGUUGUUCUUGAACGUGAUAUGUGGAAGCGUGAUUCACUCACUGUUAGGAGGCAUGAACCCAAAUUAGGUGAUUUUAGCCGACAAAAGAGUGUCAAUGUGGUUGAGCAAACUCUUCAGGAAGACUACCAAAAGCUUGAGCUCUGUGCUUUUGAUAUGGAAGCUGAGAUCUCUUCUCUGAAGGAGGCUUUGAUAAGUGCAUUUGGUGAAAAAGAAGAAGCGCUUGCCAGGAAUGAAUUUUUUAAUUCAGAAGUAGAGGCUCUUUCUGACAAAUUGCUUACUGCAGAUUCUGAGAUAAAGUCACUGAAGGAGGAGGUUGCAGCCAUGGCAGAGAGAUUGGUUGAGUCUGAAUCAUUUUCUAAAGAAUUGGAAUCCUCCAUCAAUUCUCUUUCAAGAGAAAAAGAAGAGAUGGGAUUGCAAUUUACUGAUGCCCUUCUUGAGAUGGAGGCAGAAAAAUCAAUAUGGUCAGUUAACGAGAAAGCUUUAUUUGAGGCCAAUGCAAAAAUGAAAAUACAGAAUGAUGAGAUACUUAAGUUAUCUGAAGAUUUGCUAGAGACAAAGCGUGACAUGGAUUCAUAUAGAGAACAAUGUAAGGAACUAAGGGAGAGGUUGAUUUUUCUUGAGGAAAAUGCACAAGAAGAGAAAGAAUGCAGCAUGGCAAAAUCUUUGGAAAUCACUCAACUAAGGAAUGAGCUUAAGCAAAACAUGGCUGACAUUGUUGAAUGGAAUGAUGUGAAGUCAAGCUUUGAGGCACUAUCAUCAGAAUGCCAACAUACUUCUGAAAUAUUGCCAAAAUUGCGGGAGUAUUUGAUCUUCCUUUCUAGAGAAGGGAAUGAUCCAUCUUCUCAGGUCAUGAAUGGUGAUCAAGAAUUGAAUCUUAAAGAUCAGCUCCUCAUAGUGACAAAAGAAAGAGAUGAUUUGCUUUCUAAAAAUGGAGAGCUAAAGACAGCUUUAUUUGAAUCAGAGAUAUUGAAGGCCAAAACUGAUUCAGAUGAGUUGGCUAAAAGGAUCUCCAAUAUGGAAGUCAAGAUGCAUAGUGAUAAUUUAAGCUUCAACAAGGAGAGAACAAAGCUCAGGAUGCAGCUUCGCUCAUUGCAGGCGACAUUAGAUGCUUACCGUGGUCGAUACACAGAGGUGGUGGACGAGAUGACUCUCAUGAACAAAAAAUACGAAGAAGCAUCAGCCAAACUAAAGAAGCAACUUGCUCAAUAUGGAGUUGAAAUACUUAGCUUGAAGAAGCAGCUUGCCUCAAAAGAAUGAGCUCGGUCAGACUUGAAGUAGCACAGGGUUCCUAUUUGAUUCAAAUGUAGAGACAUUUGCAUGGUGAAUGCAACAGUUUAUUCACUUUGUACCUGAUCAGCUAUCUAGAUUCAGAAGAAUCAUAUUUAGGAGGAUCCUGCAUGUAGAUUCACUUUGUUAUCUUGCAUAUGGAUUCACUUCGAUUGAACUCAUAUUACCUUGUUAAGCAAGUAAAGAGUUGCAGAGUAAAACUGCAACUUCCUGUAAAAUUCUCUGGUCAUGAAUGGUGAGGAAAAAUUAAUCUGCACUCAAGGCAAAUAGUU